GGGAGGGACCGGGAACUCUCCGCCUGCCUGCCAAGGGGCGAGCGGCUCCCAGACAGGUGAUGGACUCCGGGCCGGCUCCCGCCUCGCUGCUCGCCUUUCACUUCGUCGCGAUCCGGGCCAAGAUGUAGAAGGAAGCUGGAACGCGCUUCUCUGCUUGUCCAGGAGCCCGAAGCAGCAGCAGCAGCAGCAGCAGCAGAAGAGGCGGCGGAGGCGGUGGUCGCACCUUGGCAAGGGAGGAAGGAAGGAGUCCGAAGCGGCUUCCCUCCCUUCGCCGCCCCGCUGCCCCUUUCCUCCCCUCGGAAGCCGGGAGGGCGCCAAGGAAGCAGCAGACAACUCCCCCCUCGCCUCUGCCAGGAGACCCCCCGGAGCCAAGCGCCGAGAGACCUUUAGAGGCGACCGGGAAUUGAGGGGACCUCCGCCCGCGCGCCCCCCCCGCCCGGAGCCCGAGCCAGGAGGACAACUGCCCCCCACCCCACCCCACCCCCCAGCGCCGGUGGUGGCUCCCUCGUCCCCCCCCCCGAGGGAUGGUUGUUAUUUUCCCAACCCAAGGAGGCGGGGUGGUGCGCCUCCUGCGCUGCACCGUUGAGUCGUGGGGCCGACCACAGUGAUGAGCACGCAAUGAGGAUCGGCGCAGCAUUCUGGGUUAUAGGCUUUUGCUACCUGGCCCUCGUGUUUGCAGAGGAAGCAGAGAUUCCUCAGGAGCUGAUCGAAAGGCUGGCUCACAGCGAGAUUCAUAGCAUUCGGGAUUUGCAGCGUCUCCUGGAAAUUGAUUCCGUAGGCUAUGACGAUGCAGCAGAAACAAAUCUGAUCUCCCACCCGAUCCACUCAGCUAAGCUGUUGCAAGAAAACCACCCUAGAUCUAUUCGCAGAAAAAGAAGUGUUGAGGAAGCCAUUCCUGCAGUCUGCAAGACGCGGACGGUCAUUUAUGAGAUUCCUCGGAGCCAAAUCGAUCCGACUUCGGCAAACUUUCUGAUAUGGCCUCCCUGCGUGGAAGUGAAGCGAUGCACUGGAUGCUGCAACACCAGCAGUGUGAAGUGCCAACCCUCGCGGAUACACCACAGAAAUGUCAAGGUGGCCAAAGUGGAAUAUGUUAGAAGAAAACCCAAAUUAAAGGAAGUUCUGGUGAAGUUAGAAGAGCACAUGGAAUGCACUUGUAUAAUGUCAAAUUCCAAUCCAGAUUUUCGGGAAGAAGAAACAGAGAUUUGAGACCUGCUUGGAUGGAAGGUAUCUAUAUCCGAGGCUGGUACUCUUUAGCCUGAUUUACGAUCUCCAGCAAAUAAUGACUCGAUUCAACGAUUCUUUAAUUACGGAUGUCUUUUUCUUUUUUUCUUUUUCUUUUACAGAUGUCAGGUGAAAAUAAGCUAGAAAAUAUUUCUUUCUGGGACUCGAAUGUACAGGAUUUGUUACAUUCCUGAACCUACGCUGUAUGGUGCUUUCUGGAUAACACUUCACUCAUCUUCCUAUCUGGGGGGAGGGGGCAAACUGGUUUAAAGAGAGAGCGGGAGAGAGAGAGAGAGAAGGGAGGGGGGGAGAGAAAAACACACAACCACACACACACAGACACAGAGACAUGCACACACACUUCACCAGAACACGAGGGACAAAUGUAUAGUUGUUUAAAUAUGACAUCGCAGCAAGUAUUGUAGCAGUCUGCAAAAAUAAUAACGACGUUUCCCUAUUCGUGAAAUUGAGAGACGAUGACGACGUGAAAGGAACAAGAAGAAAGAGGAGGACGAAUAACGAACUCUAAGCAGACAGCAGACUUCCUGAGAACUGUCAAUGGUGCUUUUAUUUUAUUCCCCUCUUGUCAGAUUUAUUUUUCUGGAGGAAUGUGCCUAAGGCCGGAAGCUGACGGACAGAUUCAGAUGGACUUUGGAGGCACACGCACACAAACAACAACAACAACAACAAUGGUGACAACAAUGGCAACCACCAAGAGCAGGAAUGUAUCAAAUGCCCAGGGCAGAAUCUAGAGUGGGCUUUUAAAAAUUUUUUAUUUUAUUGUAUUGUUUGGCUUGGCGGUGAUUUAAAAGUCUAUUAAAAAAAAAAAUCCAUCCGGGCGCCUUAAGUUUUUUUUUGUUUUAUUUUGGGUUGGUUUUUUUUUUUUUUUACACCAUCAAGUUAUUGAGCUUUCCUUUUUAUUCUUUUGCCUAGCAUUUUAUUAUCUCUCUCUUUUUUGUGGGGGGGACUAGAUUUACCAAUAAUCCGAUAUAAGAGACUGCUGUAGUGACAAUGAAAUGGGAUCAUGCAAAGACUAUGGCGUUUUUAUUUCUCCUAGUGGGGGUGCAGACUAAUGAAAUGUAUUAAAAUAAAAAUGGUAUACCUAUGCAUAAUUUUCUAAAUGUUUCUUGGUUUUGUCUACCCUUUUCCUUUCUUCCCGGCCUCUUCCUUUUUUCCACAAUAUAUUAUUUAAAACUGGUGGUUUUUUUUUCUCUUUUCUUUCUCUUCCCCUUCAAAGAGUUGCUGACGAAUUAGCAACAUGGUGGAGAGGCUUCAAUGGAUGAUGGAUAGGCUUCAAGGCCGCCAUCUUUUCUCAGAAAGUAUACCACAGGAGAUGGAGGAACUGUUAGGAAAUUUCCUAAAAGUUAGAACGAUUUACCAGUGGAAUGGAAGUUGCCUCCAGAAGUUGUGGGUGCUCCAACACUGGAGGCUUCUAAGAAGAGAUUGGACAAAUAUUUGUCUGGAAUGGUAUAGGGUUUCCUGCUUGAGCAGGGGGUUGGACUACAUGACCUCCAAGGUCCCUUCCAACUCUGUUAUAUUCUGUUCUGUUAACUAGAAGGGGUGGCUGGUGAUCACCUACUGUAGAUUAUAUUUACUUAAAUUUCAUGGCUCAAGAGCAGAGCCCCCAAAUCAUGAGAAAACUUCCUGUGAGGAAGAUUACUGGACAAAUAAUGCUAAUUCUUAUCCCCUAGGGCGGGUUAGGCAACCUCGGCUCUUUUAUGACUCAUGGACUUCAACUCCAUGCCUACCCCUGCCCGAGGGAAAGACAAAGAUGUGUCUUCAGAUAAAACCUGAAUUCUCAAUGGGGUGCAGAGGUUCCACAAAUUCCUUGGCAGGUAUUGGGAAGAGGGUUUUCUUGAAGAUACAGAAGUGGAGAAUAAUUUUAAGAAUGUUGACAAAAGAUUUAGUGUGGGUAUGCGAGCUUCAGGUUAUAUGCAAGUCAAACAAAACCAAACCUUUUUUUUAACGUAUUUAAGUCACCCACAAAUAUUAUUGUGGGAAACCAACUCAUCUGUUUCAGUGGUGUGAGAUGUACAAAAUUUUUCUUGUUACUCUAGUGUAUAAUAUCACUGUGGCCUGGAACAACCUUGCUGGAAAACAUAAAAAUUCUUUAUUUUUGGUAUUAAACAAAGAGAAAAAAAAUGCUUCAUGUGUAUUCAAAAAAUUGUUUGGGGGGGGGGGUGUUUAAAGGUGAUGUUUGUAUUUUUUUAAUCUAAAAUUAAUGGUUUUCUAUACCCAAGAAUUUAUGUUCUGUUUUCUUGAGCCAGAAUAUUUAAAAAAAAAAAGGUGAAUGAGAUUGGAAUAUGCAUUUUAUGGACAUAUUUUUCUAGCAGUGAUAGCUUAUCUCAUUUAAAGUAUAUUUAUUUUCAUUAGGAAAAGGAGAAUGAUGUAAGUAUGGUGUCCUAUAUUUCCAAAGGAGAAAUAGGUUGGUUGUACAUGAGAACAUGUGCUCCUUCUUUGGCUGGCUUUCCACCAUCAGUGGUAGAGAAUCUUCCAUCAAGGACAGACAUGGAAUCAAGUCUUAUGUGCUUGAGUUCCUUUCUGGUUGAUUUUGGCUCAGAUAGCUCAAGCUCAAUUUUUCUCUGGAAAUAUAGGACUAAAUAAUAUAGUUUAUGAUAGCCCAGCUUGCCAGCUUGUUUUUUAAUUUACUAAAUGACCUUCCACGACUUGGGUUAUUGUGUAUGACAUGGUAGAGAGGAAAUUUCUAUGGGCGUUCUUCUGUUAGGCCCUUUCAGCUAAAAUAGCUCCAGAGUUUGAUCAGGCUGAGCAAAAAGGAUGCUGUUGCAGUGAUGGAAAGGGAAGGAGAAAGAGGGGCUUUUUUUGGAUCAGGAAUUCAGAACAGAACAAGACCCCUGCAAAGAACUUUUCUGCUGGUAGCUUACCAUCAAGGUAAGGUGGAUGACAGAAGAAGUCCAUGGUCCAUGAGAUCAUGUUUCUAGGAGCUAACCAGAGGGGAGCUUGGACUGUUCCAGGAUGCAGGAAUAAUACCUUGUACAGUAGAUGUUGACAUCCUAUCUCAUAAGCAUCAGAAUUCUAGGCUUCUCCCAUCCUUCCCUAACUCCUUCUUGUACUGUAGAAGGCCAAGAAAUGAGCAGAACAAGUUGCAGCAUGGGACUUAACGGGGUUUGAUUGGGUCUUGGGAAUCUGGGAUGAAGUCCUCACUCAACCAUGAAGCUCACAGUCUGGCUUUGACCCCCAUCUUUCUUUCUCUAUCCAUCCAGCCUACCUUGUGAGGAUAAAAUUAAAGGAGAUGUCCCUUUAGAUUCCCUUGAGGAACAUCAAGAGAUAAAGGCAAUAAAUGAAGAUGAGUUAGAAAUAAAGAGUUCAGAUUUGAAAUUCCUAGAAUAUUCAGAGGCCCGUAGAAACCUCAAACGUCAUUGCAAGAGAAUUCAGUUAUGUUAUUGUACAUCUGAUUGUUUCCCCCUCUUUCUUCUCCCCUCCUGUUCUUGCGUAGCUUUGUUAUAAUUGUGUUGGUUGUAUGAAAUCUUACCAAAACAGUUCCAAAGAAAUCGCCACUGUGUCCCACCACCUAUGCCUGAAUGGAGGGACUUCUUUGGCAGAGAAUGAUUCUGUUUUCAAUUUGUGCAUUCAGAUGUGGAUGUGUUUUUAUGUGUCCAGUGUUAAAUGAACUCUGUGUCCCUCCGUGGAUGGCAAUAUGACUGACGUUACCUUGAUUUUGUUCUUGAUCAACAUUGGAUUUGCUCGCUGAUUUUAAUGAUUAUUUUUCCCCCCUCUCUCGGUGUUAAUGUUUAUCAAACAAAUUUUGAUACUCAAGUUUAUUAAACAAAGUAAUUUGAAUGAAAAGGAAGUAUUCAUGUUGACUAUUGCUUAGACUUCAAAGUCCCAUUCAUUCAAAAUCUGGACAUAUGGAGAGAGGAAAAUACGUUACUAAAAAUAUCUGCGGGUGUGUUCCUAUGAGUGUAACGCUCGGUGUUCUGUAUGUGCUAUGUGACCAAGGAAAAACUGUAUAAAAACGAAUUUAUAUA